UGCUGUAAACUAUCUACAAUAGCUAUAAUGACACCAGCCCUCAGAGAGGCAGCAACAAAAGGUCAUGGUAUCCACUUGUCACCUUCUUUGUCCUCUAGAGCUAUGGAGUCUGAUACAACUUUGUGCAUGGAAAAUUCCAGAGCAGUCGAAGAGACGAUAAAGGAGGAUUCCAUCACACAGAUUACUUGCUCAGUCUUGGGGUUUCCCACUACUGAGCCCAACCUCAGUAAUGAUAUCUUCAGUGUAAAACACUUUGGAUCUCCACAGUCUUCCAGACAUUAUCAAUCUGUCUUAUUAAUGAGCACAAAUUCUCCAUUAAACAUAAAAAACAAAAACACUAAGCAAAGGAAUUCAGAAGAGCACAAGUGCUCCCAGAUGAGAAAUCUACUACAUAAUGGUGCUACCACACAGGUCAGUCAGAUUAAUAAUUCAGAACCUGAAGAGCAGGUCAGAGGGGAAACUUUAUCGGAAACCAUGACCCAGAGUUUGGCAGAAAUGCAGAGACUGUUGGAUUCAAAUGUAACUGAAUCCAAUAAUGUGGAAGAAAUGCAGCUUACAAACUGUAAAUGGUAUCGGAAGAAUGGCUUUUUGGAUAAGGGUCUACUAGUACAUGCUGAGACAAAAAAAAGGAAUUUAUUGCAUCAAGUUGUGCAUGAGCCUUUGAAAGCAAUUGUGAGCUGCACCCCCACUAGUAAAGAAGAGGAGUUGAAUGCUCACUUACUUCAGUGUGUCAGUAAGCAACAAGUUGUGCUCAGUCGAGCCAAAAGAGCUCAGAAACGUUUACAGAUACUCCUGGCAAAGCAUGUUGUCAAACACUGUGAUCACCAGCUGAAAUGCUUUGUGAAACAUCAGCUCCAAAGAAUGAAAGUUUUUCAUGAUCCAACCAGAUUUUUGGACAGUAGCUCCCUUGGAUGCACUGAAAUUAGGGCAGAAAACAGUAUAACUAACUUGGAAAAUAAUUCAAAUAAAGAAACACAGAAUGGAUUCGGCAUUGAACCUGGUGAAAUCUGGGGUUUUGCACACUCUGCUACAGGGCUGCUGUCUCAUGUGGAGAAAGAUCUGGACUCUGAUGCCACUUGCAGUAGCUCAGAUGAAGAUUGUGAUGAACAGACUGUCAGAAAAACUGUGGAAGCCAACUAUAGUUCUGAAUGGAAGUGGCUUGUAGACCGAGCUAAAGUUGGCUGCCGUUGGACAUGGCUUCAAGCCCAGAUUUCAGAGCUAGAAUACAAAAUCCAACAACUAACUGACCUUCACAGGCAGAUACGAGCCACCAAGGGGAUGGUGAUCUUAGAAGAAUUCCCACUUCCAAAAGACAUUUUGAAGAAGCAAACACAAUUGACAAACCCAGAAGCUUUAUUAAACACCACGGGGAAUUCUCAAGCUAACCUUGAGAGACAGGAUUCUUUGCCGGAACACGAUUUUGAAAUGUCACCAAGCAGCCCUACUUUACUUCUACGAAACAUAGAAAAACAGAGUGCUCAGCUGAGUGAAAUCAUCAAUAAUCUAAUUGCUCCACUCAAUCUGUCCCCCACGUCCUCCCCUCUCUCUUCCAAGUCCUGUAAGCAGAAACAACUGGUCAAUGGCAUAUCUCUCAGAGCUUCAGACAACAAAGAGGAAAUGUCAUCUUCUAGUAGCCAGCUGCUUGAUCAUCAACACAUCAAAAAAAGAAGAAAAGACAGGACAAGGCUGAGAUCGCCAUCUGUAACUAUCAUGAGCACAUCUGCCCGAACAAGGCCACUUCAGAGUUUCCAGAAGAGGAAACUAUACAGAAUGAGCAGUGCAUGUUACUGGAAUCAACAGGCUUUGCUGUCUAGAGAUGCCUCGUUUCCAUAUAAUACACAGAUGCCUUGCAUGGCUCCAGUCUCCAUUUGGAGCAGUUCUGACCAUGGUACAUCAUCCAGAAUAGUACAACAACAUAUACCAGAGGUGGACUCCUCUCUUCAUCCUGUGUUAUCAUUCCCCUCGGAUAUCCCUCUUCAUAUAUAUUUUGAAACAUUGUUGAAGGAGGACAAGAUCAAAGGAGAUCCUGUUGACACCUCAGCACUAGGGGUAGAGUUUAAAAUGUCUCCAUCCAAUGAAUAUAAUCAACGUAGUGCUUCUCUCAAACAAUGGAGCAGUGGCUAUUUACUUAAUUCCAAACCUCAAGCAGCAUCAGGAACAUCUGAACAGUUGUCAGAGGGAAGAAAGAAAAGGCACCUAAGUGAGACAGCGAUAGGAGAAAGUAACAGUAGGUUUGAAGCUUUUUCCUUUCAACAUGCAGAACCAGAAUCCCAUAAUGAUUUUACUGCCGUGACCCAUGUCAAUCUGAUGUCUAGAUCUACCCAAAACGCAUCACAGCAUAACUCUAGACGGAGACUGAGAAGUGAGAGCUCCUAUGAUAUAGACAACAUUGUUAUUCCUAUGUCACUGGUUGCUCCCUCUAAAUUGGAGAAGCUGCAAUACAAAGAAAUCCUUACUCCAAGCUGGAGAGUUGUUGAACUUCAUCCUCUGGGGCGAUCUCAUGUAGAUGAAGAAGAGAUCGAAGAUCUGUCAGAUGAACUUUUUUCUUCACGUCAUGCAAAAUAUGAAGAGAGAGAGAAAGCAAGGUGGUCGUUGUGGGAACAGAGCCGAUGGCCCAGAAGAAAUAGCAGACCUUAUAGCAAAAAUGCUGAAGGACAGCAGGGCCAAGAUCCAGUACUGAAAGAAAACCAUCGCAACUCAUGUGCCUCACUGCGUUGUGCUGCUGAAGCUGCUUCUGAUCUUACUUCAGAAAUCCACAGUUCUGUAUGUUUAAGGGUCCCACAGCCUUCAAAGGAAAACCAAGAAGCAAAGUCUGAGCUGUGGGAACUUCGGGUUUUUCCGUUAAAGGAUGAAGACAUAGAAACCUUACGGUGCCAAGACCAAAUAACAAAUCAGACUGAAAGUUCAAGUGCAGCUUUCCACAGUGACUCCCUCUGCACUUCAUGUACUCCCAUCACUUUGCCAAACAAUGGCCAUCCACCAAGAAAACAAUCCACAGAAGAGCUGGAAGACUGCAAAAGUGUUUUCCUGGGACUCUGCAGCACAAGAAAACACAGGUGACAGGGAAUAAUGUGGUUCAUUAGGAAAGCCGAGUAAGAUGGAGAAAAGUAUAAGGUAGGAUAAAAUCCCAAACGCAACACUUUCUUCUUCCCGAACCACAAGAGAAACUAAUUCUUUCGAGCUGGAAGUCUAGUAUUCCCUGUGCUGAAAGUGGGCACACCUAAAUAGCUGGCACGGUUUACUGCUUUCUGUUGUCAUCUUGCCACGUUCUUUAAUAUUCUUCCUUUUUUUCUUUCAAAUGUGUUUAUGGUUCUGAUGGAUUCUGGGACAGCAGAACACACUUUAUUCCUUUAAACAAACAACUUCAAAACACAGAAAAACUACUUGAAAAGACAGUGAGGAGGAGGGGGUAAUUUCAAAUUGUUUCCUUUGGUGGCAUGAGCAUGUGGCAAAUACCUGCCUUGUCUGAAAUCCCUUGAAUAUUUAAGUACCAGUAGUUUUUAAAUGACACUUUCAGAAGCCUUAUAUUUGGCUUAAAAUGAGUCACUCAUUCAACUCUGAGGAUUUCUGCAUGAAACUAACAAUAAACACUAACACACAAAUAUACCACUAUAUUUCCAUAGUUGAUUUCUCUACUAUAUGAAAGGUAGACAGUUUUCUAUUUCAGUCACAUGGGGAGCAGAGUAGCCUAGGAGUGGUGAGGAAACAAAGAUUGAAUUAAAUGAAGAUGCAGCUCUGAAUUUCAUUUUGGAUCAUCAGAUAUUUGGAGACCUAACUCCUAGACCUGCAGUAGCUAAUGCUGCUUAUAACUGUGCUGUGUAUCUUACCAACAAGUAUAGUUAUUACGAUUUCUAAGCAAUACCUUGCAAGGUUCUACCAAGUAUGCAAAAGCAGAGUGACUAACCAGAAAGGAAAACAUUGUUAAUAAGGACAUCAGAAGGGCUUAAAAAAAAAUUUCAUAAU